AUGCCCUCGGCCCUCUUGAACAAUGCCCUCCCUCCCCCACCUACAAUUUCCACCGACAAACCACGAGCGAUGGAUGAAGUGCAAAGGAGGGGCGUCGCCAUCAAUGCCGCCUCCACAGACAAUGGCGAUGCGAUAGUGUCCAACAAAGGGAAGGCCCAUAAGCAGAGCUUUGAUUAUAUAUGGCGAACUGGAGUAGCUGGAGGGUUGGCAGGAUGUGCGGCAAAAACUUUAGUUGCCCCUCUUGAUCGGGUCAAGAUCCUUUUCCAAGCCAGAAACCCUCUAUUCGCAAAAUACGCCGGUUCUUGGUUCGGUGUUAUCACAGCAAUGAGUGAUAUAUAUAAAGAAGACGGAACAAGAGGGCUUUUCCGUGGCCAUUCUGCCACGCUCCUCAGGAUAUUUCCUUAUGCGGCCAUCAAAUUUCUUGCCUAUGAGCAAAUACGUGCCGUUAUUAUUCAUAGCCCUCAGCAUGAAACACCUUUCAGGCGGCUUAUAAGCGGUUCACUAGCUGGCGUGACAUCCGUUUUUUUUACCUAUCCUCUCGAAGUCAUGCGUGUACGGCUGGCGUUCGAAACGAAACGCGACUCGCGAUCCUCGUUGUCUUCAAUCUGCAAGCGGAUUUACAACGAAUCGCGACCGCCUCCUGCGGGGGCGUCAUCAACAAUUUCGAAAGUAACCCCGAGGUCCGGUCUAUCGAAUUUUUAUAGAGGAUUUUCUGCGACAAUGAUGGGCAUGUUGCCCUACGCAGGAAUGUCAUUCUUGACUCACGACACAGUGGGAGACCUAUUGCGUCACCCGCUUGUCUCCAAACACACCAUGCUCCCAAAACCUCCCCAGUCGCCGAAAAACAAACCACCACCUCUUCGCUCGUGGGCAGAGCUAUUAGCAGGCGGAAUAGCAGGGCUUGUGUCGCAGACCUCAGCAUACCCAUUUGAAGUUAUUAGAAGGCGUAUGCAGGUUGGUGGUGCUGUAGGAGAUGGGCAUAGGCUGCGUAUCUCAGAAACAGCGAAGAUGAUCCUAAAGGAACGGGGUGUGCCGGGAUUCUUUAUUGGCUUAACUAUUGGGUACGUGAAGGUUGUACCCAUGGUCGCUGUCAGCUUCUAUGUUUAUGAGAGGGGGAAGCUUUGGUUGGGUAUCUAA